UUGUGCGCGUCCCCCUGAGCCAUAUAUAUUGAACCAUGUGGACUCAGACGUAGAGUUUUGCAGGACAGACCUUCCUUUGGCUACAGGGCUUGCGACUUCCAGAUCCUUGAUACUUAAGUGAAGAGAAGCAGCAGGAAUAUAAAUCUGCUUUUAAGUCCCUGUUGGAAAUCAAGAGGCCUUGCAAAAUAACAGUUCCUGCAGGAAAAAUGAGUGAUAAACUGGACGACGGCUCUUUCAUGUUCACCUCAGAAUCUGUAGGAGAGGGACAUCCAGAUAAGAUUUGUGACCAGAUCAGUGAUGCAGUCCUGGAUGCACAUCUGAGGCAGGACCCAGAUGCUAAAGUGGCCUGCGAAACUGUGUGUAAGACCGGCAUGGUGCUGCUCUGUGGAGAGAUCACAUCUCGGGCCAACGUGGACUAUCAGAAGGUGGUGAGGGACGCUAUCAAACACAUUGGGUACGACAACUCUGAAAAAGGUUUUGACUAUAAGACAUGUAACGUGCUGGUGGCUCUGGAGCAGCAGAGUCCAGAUAUCGCUCAGGGUGUCCACAUUGACAGACGAGAAGAGGACAUCGGAGCAGGAGACCAGGGUCUGAUGUUCGGCUACGCCACAGAUGAAACAGAGGAGUGCAUGCCUCUCACCAUCGUCCUGGCUCAUAAGCUAAACGCAAAGAUGGCGGAACUGAGACGCAACAGCACAGUGCCCUGGCUGCGCCCGGACUCUAAAACACAGGUGACGGUACAUUAUGACCAGAAGGAUGGAGCUGUGGUGCCUAAAAGAGUCCACACCAUCGUUAUUUCUGUCCAGCACGACGAGGGCAUUUCUCUGGAGGAGCAGCAGAGGGUCCUGAAGGAGAAGGUGAUAAAGGCCGUGGUUCCAGCUAAAUAUCUAGACGACAAAACCGUGUACCACCUCCAGCCAAGUGGCCGCUUUGUCAUCGGAGGACCGCAGGGAGAUGCUGGUGUUACAGGCAGAAAGAUUAUUGUAGACACAUAUGGAGGCUGGGGAGCUCACGGCGGCGGGGCCUUCUCCGGCAAAGAUUUCUCAAAAGUGGACCGCUCAGCUGCUUACGCCGCUCGCUGGGUGGCAAAGUCUUUGGUCAAAGCAAAACUGUGCAGGAGAGUUCUGGUUCAGGUGUCUUAUGCUAUUGGAGUGGCCCAUCCUCUGUCCAUCUCGUUGUUCACAUACGGCUCCUCUCAGAAAUCAGAGUCAGAACUUCUCAAGAUUGUCAACAAGAACUUUGAUUUGCGCCCCGGAGUAAUAGUCAGGGAUCUGCAGCUGAAGAGGCCGAUAUACCAGCAGACGGCCUCGUAUGGCCAUUUUGGACGACCAGAGUUUUCUUGGGAGGUGCCUAAGGAGCUUGUUUAUUAAAAACUUCUUGUCGGUCACCUUGAAGAGCGAUCAAGAUAAUUCUUUAUGGACUGUAAUGUCCGACUCAUUCAGAUGCAUAAUUAACUCAGUCAGACCA